UUUUGCCUCCGCUCGCCAAGCUCGGUCAACGAACAUCUGUGACGUAUGGGUAUGCGCUGGGCGCGCAUCUCCAUAGUCACGCACUCGCAUGUUGGAUACUGUCGAGGAAGGGACGCCGCUCACCACCGGAGGCGCGCCGUACCCGCAAUCAACGACCCGUCAUGCGUCUACGAUCGUCGCAACCGCGGACUUUAAGUGGACCAUCGCCCUCCCGCACGAGAAGAGAGACUGCAUGCGCGACUCCCUCCGCCCCGUCCGCUGGAUCUUCGUCGAUGCCACCGGGACGCACGCGGUAUUGAUUAGCCCGUACGAGGCCAACGCGCUCCUGCCCGACAUCCGUCUCUCGCCGCACGUGCGCCUCUUUCUGUACGCGCCGCGCGCACGCUCGAGCGCAUGGACUUCUUCCCCGUCGUGCACACGCCCGGAAACCCGUUUCCAGAGGAGGCAGUUUACUUCCUGAACCUGUUCGCGGACCAACCCUUCUUCGACACCUAGUCCAAGUACAAGCGCAUCCGGCUCCUCGUCAAGGACCAGUUUGGCCCCAACGCGGUGUCCAAUUUUCACGAGCUCUUCGGGUACCGCAGGAAGAAUCAGGGAUUCAUGCUCAGCCAUAUGGGCCGUCUGUUGCGAGGCAAGAUUGUCGAAAGGGCCGAGUUUGAAGAAGUUAACACAAAGUGGUAGUACCUUUAGAUUACCUCCGUGAUAUAGUCAGCAUUACCUGAACCGUACACUAUUGCGGCCCUAUACCACUACGUAUAACUAGCGACCCAUGUAAUUACUGCUAUUCCUUGCUAUUCCUUGAUCGUUCGCGGAAAACUGGUGCUGCUGACAACCUCGCACUGGAACGAUUCCACGAUGAUCGUGUACUCUCCCACACGACAAUGAAAACCGGACGCAAGGCACU